CAAAGUAGUGUUGACAGUGGCUGCAGGAACUGUCAGGGUGAGGUAGGUAACAUCCCAGAACCGAAUGGAGUAAUUAUCGCGUUACAUUUCUUGAAAACCAACCCACCACAUUCAUUAUAACACUGUAAACAGUGUAAACCUCCAACGAAGCCAUGACAGAGGACCCGAGUGCUCAAACCUGGUCCAUCAACAAGGACGAUUAUGUGCUCAACGAGGUGAUUGGGAGUGGUGCCACGGCUGUGGUGCAGGCGGCCUACUGUGAGCCCAGGAAGGAGAGGGUGGCCAUUAAACGCAUCAACCUGGAGAAGUGUCAGACCAGUAUGGACGAGCUCCUGAAAGAGAUCCAGGCUAUGUCCCAGUGCCACCACCCCAACAUCGUGUCCUACUACACAUCCUUCGUAGUGAAGGACGAGCUGUGGCUGGUGAUGAGGCUACUCAGUGGUGGCUCAGUACUGGACAUCAUUAAACACAUCAUAUCUCGUGGGGAGCAUAAGUCUGGGGUGCUGGAUGAGUCGUCCAUAGCCACCAUCCUUAAAGAGGUCCUGGGAGGACUGGAGUACCUGCAUAAAAAUGGGCAGAUUCACAGGGAUCUGAAGGCUGGUAAUAUUCUUCUCGGGGAUGAUGGCUCUGUGCAAAUCGCAGACUUUGGUGUGAGUGCCUUCUUAGCGGCGGGGGGAGAUAUGACCAGAACUAAGGUCAGAAAGACAUUUGUUGGAACGCCAUGUUGGAUGGCCCCAGAGGUCAUGGAGCAGGUCAGAGGUUAUGACUACAAAGCAGAUAUCUGGAGUUUCGGGAUCACAGCCAUCGAGCUAGCUACAGGCGCUGCCCCAUAUCAUAAAUAUCCGCCUAUGAAGGUGCUGAUGCUGACCCUGCAGAAUGACCCUCCCUGCUUGGAGACGGGCAUCCAGGACAAGGAGAUGGUGAAGAAGUAUGGCAAGUCCUUCAGGAAGAUGAUCUCACUCUGUCUACAGAAGGAGCCUGAGAAAAGACCAACUGCUGCUGAGCUGCUGAAGCAUAAAUUCUUCACUAAAGCGAAGAAUAAUGAAUACUUGGAAGAGAAGCUCCUUCAGAAAGGUCCAUCGAUAGGAGACAGAUCCAAAAGGGUGCGCCGUGUGCCUGGUUCCAGUGGUCGUCUCCACAAGACAGAAGACGGGGAGUGGGAGUGGAGUGAUGAUGAGCUGGAUAUGGAGAGUGAGGAGGGCCAGGCAGCCGUGGCAGCUCUAAGGUCUCCCAGAGUGAAAGAUGGAUCCAUUGAGAUCUUCCCUCCAGAGGAUGGUUCUCCCAGUCUGCUCCGUCCAGGAGGGGCAGGGCACGACAAGCCAGCUGAGGCCAUCCUUACCCAGGGGGACGCUGUAGCCCAGGACCCUGCCGCCACCAAAGUCCCCAUCAGUCUGGUGUUGAGGUUGAGGAACUUGAAGAAAGAACUGAACGACAUCCGAUUUGAGUUCAUGCCUGGUAGAGAUUCAUCAGAUGGAGUGUCUCAGGAGUUGGUAUCCGCAGGUCUAGUCGAUGGGAAAGACGUAGUGGUUGUUGCUGCCAACCUGCAGAAGAUUGUUGAUGAUCCUUUCAACAAUAAAAAUGUAACUUUCAAACUGGCAUCUGGCAUAGACGAGUCGGAGAUCCCUGACGAUGUCAAGCUGAUGGGUUUCGCUCAGCUCAGCAUCAGUUAACUCAAUAUUCCGUCAACAAAGGAGAACAAACAGUAUUGCACAGCGGCAUAGUUCUAAAUUCCAAGACACCACUAC